AUGGCAAAAAUACUAUACACAAUAGAAAUUCACAAAAUUGAUCCGAAUCUGAUAAUUGAAGAAGAUUGCAAUGUUAUCCAGUUGGUGUGUGAUGCCAAGAUUGAUGACGACGAACUCCUAAACAAGUUAGGGAAAGACAAAGAUAAAGAAAUAGAAGAAAUUCUUAAAGACCUCUCUCAACAAGAAGGAGUUGAUAGACAUGUGAUUAAGAAGGUGACAAAAGGCUGGAAGCCUCGUAUCACCCAGAUGGUGAGCUGGUGCGUCCUGGCUCUCUCAAAGUCCAGUUACCUGCUACAGGUGGGCACAGGAGAGGGCAAGUCAUGCAUAGUGGCCAUGUUUGCUGCAUACAGGGCUUUACAGCGUCAGAAGGUCGAUAUCAUUUCCAGCUCCCCAGUACUUGCUGAGAGAGAUGCAGAGGCUUGGAGGCUCUUCUAUAGAGAACUAGGUCUUGAAGUAGGCUGUAACACCAAUAAAUCAAUUGAGGCCUUGAAACCGUGCUACAAGUGUCAUAUAGUAUACGGCACAACAGACAGCUUCGCAGGAGACUGGCUCCGACACCAUUUUCAGAGGAGCGAAGUAAGGGGUGACAGAAAGUUCCAUUGUGUCAUUGUGGAUGAAGUGGACUCUCUCAUGUUGGAUAAAGGUCUGGAGAUGGUCUACCUGAGCAGCGACUUACCUGCCAUGCAGUAUCUAGACAUGGAUUUGUCACAAAUAUGGUGUUUAGUGAGUCAGUGCAAAAAACUAGAUUGUGGGAGAACAGCAGGGCCGAUCCAGUCCUUCGUCAGGAUUCUACAGGAAAACACUGAUAGUUCCUCUGACACUGAUGCUGUUUUGAAGCUGGCCGAGGACAAAGGGAUUUUUCCAAAGGGAUUUGCUGAGGACAUGACACAUCUCAACUCCCAAGACAUAUUUCAAAAACUUGAAUGUGUUGACAAGGCCCAGAUUGUUGAUUUUUUCAGACUGGUUGAAGAAGAAUUUCCUAACCAUUGCUACAGUUUGUUUUCUAAAGAAGAAGAUGGAUCUCUAAAGAAGCUGAACAAACCAGUGGAUAGAGAAGUUGGAGCACGGCAUGAGAUUCCUAUACUCUUCUUCAAAGGAGGUCUAUGCCGACAUUUGUUCUCAGACAGACAGACACUUUUAAACUUCGUUGAGCAGACAAUAAGAACGAAUCUUCAGUUUACUCGCCCUGAAGUAACACCUGAAGACUCAUAUAUCACAGGAUUCCAGAAUUUUGUCCAUGGCAAGGUGGGCGUGUGGGUAGAAAAUGCCUUCAAGGCCACAGAAAUGGCUUUGGGUGAUGAGUAUAUUAUACAGCGAGAGACUGUGGUCCCUGUAGACUACCAGUGCACAGGAGUUGUACAAAACAACAUGAAGUGGAGUGAUGGGCUUCAGCAGUUUCUGGAAAUGAAACAUCAGACCAAAGAACUUUGGGAAACAAAGAGGAAAUUAAAAAUGCUUCAGGAGCUCUACAAAGGCAUGCAAACCUGCCGCAUCCCUUCCUUUAGAAGAAGGAAACUUUUUGAGGAAGAGGGUCAAAUUUUGAAUGAAGAGGAGGAGUGGCUGAAAGCAAUCUGCAGUGUUGUCCAUGCAAAGGUCAAUUCCACAUGGUAUCGAGGGAAGAGAGCUGUACUGGUCCUCUGUGAGACAAUAAACCGGGUUAAGACUAUUGAGAAAGCCAUUACAGAAUCCGUCCAGGGGGUCAAUCCAAAAUGUUACACAAACAACAACUCGGACCCCUCUGAAAUCACUGGGAGACGUCUUCAGGCCAGAGAUGUCAUCAUAGCAACCAAUCUGGCUGGACGGGGAACAGACCUUAAAGUCUCUGAGAAAGUGGAUAGGGCUGGAGGCCUCUUUGUUGUACAAACAUUCUUACCCCUGAACGCCAGAGUUGAGCAGCAGGCAUUUGGUCGCACCGCACGCCAGGGAAAACCAGGCUCUGCCCAACUCAUCAUGUGUGCCAGCCAUUUCUCAAUGUCAAUCAUUGUAGAGAUCAUCAAAAAUAGAUCUUCCCUCCAGAUGUUAGCACACCUUAGCAUCUCUACAUUAGAUGGAGGAACUGUGCAGAGGCAGCUAAGCAAAGCUUUAAUAGCAUUAGAAGAGGACCAUAGCACUCAGUCAUGGGAAGAAAUGGCAGCAGCUCUUGAUCGCCUAUUUUCCUAUCUGGAAACUUCAGCAGACACAAACGUUACAGAUGCUAAAGAGGCAAGAGACCACCUAGUGAGUGAAAGGCUGUCAUCUUACCUGACAGAAGAAAUUCCAAAAAUGACCAAGAAGGAAGAUCUCUUCUCUGAUUACCUACAACUGCUAGAUGAGAUACAUGAACAGCAUAAAAACAGCAAUAUGCUCAAUGCAAUUGUUGAGUCGAUGCAUGAGUGCUGGGGACUGUGGCUUCUUACAAGGUUCAAUGAGGACGAAUCAAAAGAGACCCAGAAGCCCAAGUUCAACGAGGCCAUGGGGAAUGCCCGAGAGCUCCUGGAGAAAGGGAUUUGUCCAUCCUCUGCUGUGUCUUUCUACGUAAGAUAUGGGAAUGAACUAAGACUUCAAAAGUGUCUCAGGGAGAGCGUUGAGAUAUACUCCAGGGCAUUGGAAGCAAAUGAUCAUGAUAUCAUUGCUUUGUACAACCGUGCACUGUCAGUAAUGCAGAGAAAAGACAGCGGCUACCUCGAUGUAGCUUUGAGAGACCUUGAAAAAGCUGGAGAAUAUCUGGAGUGUUUCUUGAAUUAUACUGACGAGACACUGAUGGAUGUGGUUAAACAAGGGCCAAACCCACCUCCUGGACGCAUCACAUGUUUCGCAAAUCAACUCUGUAUUCGUUCUGAUGUGUUGAAGUGUUUGAAGAAGAACAUAAAUGAGGCUGUGAAUAAGCUGAAGACAGCCCAUAACAAUGCGCCACUAGCAAGAGUGCUGCUAACGGAACUAGAACCAGCUGCUACAGCAACAGAGCUAUUGCUGCUGAUGCUGGAGGAGUCAGAGGUUGAAGCAGAACUGUUUGCAGCUGGAGGAGCACUGGCUGCAGAUGUGGUUGAGCUUGUUGAAACAGAGACUUGA